AACAAACCGUGCACUUAACUUUAGAGAAAUGGUUCAGUUGUAGUUUGCCCUGUUUCAAAGGUGGUAGGUGUACUAUGCCCUUUCACUGACAGUGAAGGAGAAACGACUUCAAUAAAUCUCAUAGUGGCUGUGAUCAUUUAUUCAUAAAGCAUAAACAGACGACGUGACUUGUGAAGUGAUAUCAGUUAAACGUUAAGUUGGCGAAAAGUGCUGGUCUUUGUGAUAAUAUGAAUAAACAAAAGAAAUCCUGUUAUUGAAUUCAUGUGCUGCUCCGAUCACCAUGUGCCUUAGUCCCAUUCACUGACCUCCUGUAGUAACGACCCGCAUUGCAUCCAAACACUAACAGGGGACGGAAAACUCGGGUCGAGCUUAGCUUUAAACUUACUUUCUUUCGUUUAAUUAGCUCAAGAACACAUUCAGUAGAUUGUCAGCCAUAAAAUAAAAUCGCCGCUCUUCAUACUCAAAGAGUUAGUGUCUGUUCAGCCAUGCAAGCGGAAGUCUGCUCAGAAUGAGAUGCCUUCAAGAAACACAUUCGGACAAACGGUCUUUUGUGAUUCUAGUCCUAAGUUGUGAAGAAUCGUCGAUUGGUUUAACCGACCCCAAUUCGUUUUACAUAGCCGUUGAUGUGAUGGGUGUGGGUGCCGUUCAGUAACAUCGCUUCUAUGAAUAUGAGCGCCAAACGGAAACCUCGCACUCCUUCCCCGUCUCCUCCAGGCAAGGAAGUUACAGAGGACGACGGAGAGGAUCUGUUCGCGGGCAGGAGGGUCUCCGUAUCCGAAUUCGACUCCCAGGACUUCGGUUACGAGAGCGUCAGUUCGCCCGGAGCAUCCAGCACAUCAUCAGAACCUGCUUACAUCAGAAAGCCCGGGUUCGAGCACCAUGCCCACGAAUUCAGAGUCUCGCCGAGUCCGUCCACAGCUUCGGCAUCGAGCAUCACCGUCAACACGGGGCAAGGACUAGUGGCCGGAGCGCCGAUCCGAACAUCCUUGCAUGGCACUUCUAUACUUCAGAGUCCUAUGGGCUUGGUGUCCAUCUCUUCGAAGGGCAGCAAAAAGAAAAAGAGCAGCGCCCACGAAGGCAGGGAUGAUAUUACAAAGGAAGGCUCUGAUUCUCCAACGCCAAAUCCUCCUAGACCCAGGGUCAAGAAAGAUCCCCUGCCGAUGAAACUGAGGGCGCUGCCGCAGAGCUUCUGGCUGCAGCCCAACAAAAACAACAAUCUUCCGCCAUCUUGCUCCGUGCUGCCUCCUCUCAUCCUGGGGAAGGAUUCCAGUGAUGUCAUUGACGUGAGGCCUGUGACUCCUCCAGAGGAUGACAAAGAGGACAUAGAGAUCAAACUCGAGAAGGACGAGAAGAGGAGCGACAGGAUGUUGAAAGUUGGCAACACCGACCUCCUCUUCAGUCUUUUCGACUCCGUGGAACAAGGAGACAAAAAGAAGAUCACGGUCGUCAGAAGAGGAAGGCCCAAGAAGCCUCCAUCAACGGUGCUACCACGGGUACUGCGAGAUGAGGACCCGUGCCUCGUGAGUGCUGUUACCGAAUCCAUAUUACCUCUUUUACCAGACAGAACACCUGCGUCGUCUGGGUCGUCCACACCUCUGGGAAUUCGUCAGGGAUCACAGGUCUUGGAGAUGGUGAACCUUAGAGACGGCGACAGGACCAUAUCCCUCCCUUCGCUCAACGUGGAGCACAACUACAACCAGAUCCUCUCCGAGCUCGUCCUCAAGUUAUAAUCCUCAAGUGCCACGCUUGCUUAAAGACAGAGUAUUUUCUUAGGAUUUCCUCAAGGGACAGUAACCAGGUGCCGAGAGCUGAGUGGCGAUUGGAACAUUUCGUCACUUCCACCCUAUUAAUAUGACAACUGACUAAGACUCGGAAGUUGUGUUGGAUACCCCGUCUCUUGAAAUGACGAGAUCUCUGUAGAUAAGACUUUGGUCGCUGCGAGUAACGAUCAGUAACCUUACGACUGUUUUCUUAUGCGUCAUUAUUUUCAUAUUAUUGUUCAGCAUGUUUUGCAUUCAUUUGGAUACCAUCGUUCAAAUGCGACUCAGCUCUCGCACUCAAAAAGCUAUGCUCGGAUGUCCAUGGCCAGUCUCCUCUAGUCAUAGGAAUCCGGUGAUACUGUAUUAUAACUGAUCAAAAGGGUUACCAAAGAUUGACAAUAAGUCACAAAUAAAAAAAAUUCCUAUGACGCUGCCCAAGUUAGAUCGCUAUUCAACUCGUCUUUUGCUCUUCAUCGUCACAAAAAGCGAACACUAAAAAUGAUAAAUGUUUUUGAGCAAUGUUAAAAGGUGAUUUAAAACGAAUCAAAUAGAGACUGGUGUGCAUAAUUCUACCGAAGAAAAUUGUUUUCUUGUGCAUUUCACUUCACCAGUUGAAAGCGACCUCUCUGUGCACUUCCAUAGGAAUUUUCAGAUGACGAUCUAGCCACUCCCAAAUGUUGUAUGCCGUUCGACCACUAUCCAGGUUUCUUUUAUGCAUCGAGUCCCUGUCUGUACAUUGAAUAUUUCCGGAACUACGCUCCUCGAUCUUGCUUUUGUCGAAAACCACUUUGAGAUAAACGAAAAGCAGCAAGAAAAUCGAAUAAUUCUGGCAAAGAUAAAGCACAAUUACAUGAAACGUUUAAUCAAAUCAUGUCGGUCAAAUAAGGAGCCUUUAGAACUGACAAAAAAUGAAUAUCACAAACUUUUCGAUAUACCAAGUAUCCAGGAGCUGCUCUGGUUAAUGAUAUUAUCACGCUUUAUGAUACAGAAUAUAUAUUUGUGAAUGUACAAAUUCCCUAAAAGGAGUGAAAACACAAAUAAGAAAAACCAUUUAGAAAUAAUGUUAAACUAUAUAGAAUUUUCUGAUGUACUCGAGCAUUUAAAAAAAAGAAGAAGAAAAUAUAAAAAAAUUGUGUGCCAUAUUUUUGUAAUAACUGCGACAGAUGCUUUUGUUUUAUACUAGCCGUUUUUAUGAGGCGAUUCUAAAACUAGUGUGGACAGGACAUGCGCUUUGUGUUGAAGUUUCUUUUUCACGACAUCCAUCCUAUUCGUUAAGUAGGAUGUCCUGAUGAGGUUUAUGUUCAAGAUACAGGUUUCUUUUCAUCUGUUACCGUAACAUAGACCUUUUGUUACAUAACCCGCUAAGCGAUUAUUCAAUUAGAAGAUACCCUAUCCUUCGAAAGUUGUUUUUUUUAAAUGUUCUGUUUUUUCAUACCUGCCUGCGAAAACACACCUUACUUUGUGGGUAUUAGAUGAUGCACCUUGGAUUAAGAUUGUUGCUGUUUUCAAGUUACGUGUUUCAGAGCUUUAAUACAAUAGUAGUUCUGUGUAGUUUUACGCUGGGACGAGAACGUAUCAGUCUUUGGAAAGCAAUAAUUCGUAUGAUCUGCAAUAACACCUAAUGAUGUCAAUAAGAGCGUUGUAUGAAAAUUGAUUAAACAAUUUUGUGAUUCGUCUCAAUGAGAGACAUGACAAUUGGAAUUGCAAAUCUUUUAUGUUAUAUUUCUCGUCCCAUAACACUGUGCAAUAAAAAUACGUGACUUCACAACAAUAAUAUGCACAACCAAAGGCAAUGUUGAUAAUGAUGAUGUUAACCGUUCCAACUCUAAGUAACGAUUUAAAACAAAAGGGAAGGAAACACUUUUUAAGGUAUCCUAUAUGAGGACUCGAUGUUUCCUCGUUUUACAGUAGCAGUAAAUACUGCGUAAUUUGAAUUUCACUGAUAAAGCUACGAUACUAACAACUUCAUUCGGCCUAUCAAAACAAAACAUUCUAUAUUACACGUUAUCUUUAUGAGGGGUAUUCAUUGUUAAGAAGUUUCUUUCAACGAUACCCUCUUUCAUGAAAUACUUCAAAAUAAUGACGAAUAAUGAAUUGAAUAUGAAUCGUAUUUUUUUAAAGAUACUUAUAGUGUAUUUCAUGUAUAAGUCGUGCAGUUUUUGGUAAAAGUCACUGCUACCGCAUUUUCUAUAAAUUGUAUAUUACUGCAACCGCAUUACGAUAACAACCGCUUUCUUGUGACAGACCUCGAUAUAUCAGCAUUGCCUUUGGUACAAAUGUGGCAUAACAUGGACUGUGAUAAUAGUCCGGCACCCUGUGAUAGCACCUAAAGAUUGAUAGUAAAUUUUUCAAACCAACGUCGGUAGAUGCUGGGUCAGGAAAUCAAAUGGGCAAAUGAUAUCUUAAGGACAAUUAGGAAAAUAAAAACGAGAGAGAGAGAGAGAGAGAGAGAGAGAGAGAGAGAGAGAGAGAGAGAGAGAAGAAUGCGUCCUUGGCAUGUACGUGCAGAGGAAGAGAAGGAGGAACAUUCGAAAGGCAAAGAACUUUGGAGGAUUUACAGCCCCAACUUGGCAGAAUUUGUGAAAUUAUAGAGCUCCGAAUGGUUUAUGGAUGAACUCCGUUUGUGAUUUAUGAACGUGGCACACAUGCAAUUCUCGUUUACGGUUACAUUUCUUUCAGGUCCGUUGCUGUUGAUUUCUGUUUUCAGCAAAACAUAGAUAUACAAGACUUACUACUCUCUUGACCAUCGAUCAGUUUUCAUGAAUCAUGUUGAUAUAGAUUGCUUGUCAUUAAAAUUAUGGUUCAGCAUCUCUUAAGCAAAUACCAUGAGCAGCACUCUACCGACGUUGGCGUUAAAUUUUCUUGUAGGCAUAAAUUGAAUCGAAGGAAAGGUACAGUUUUCUGACAGCUUUUGAGAGUCAAAAUAAUCUUGAGUGGCAUUGCCUGUGCGAAUUACAAUCAUGAAGUUCACACGAAUAAUAAAUGAUCAUUUUCCUUGGCUAUUUAGAUAUCAAUUUUGCGAAGAAAAGUGUACCAAGACCUUCGCAUCGGUACAAACACAGUUGUUGUGCCUUGUGCUCUUCGGAUGGAACGCGCAGAACCGCCUAGUUUAUUGGCUAAUAGCUUCAUUCGGUCAGACAAAGUUUGUGGGCAAACACUUUCAUUCAACAAUACGAAGUUCACUGCAUUCAACAACAAGCAGCUUGUUACCAUUCACUUGACAUCAGUGAUCUUAUGAAAACCACAGUUGAUGAAUUAAUUAUGCAUUCUCAUUUAAACAGUUACUUUCUUCCCCCGGAGAUUCUUUGGCUGACAAGAGACAAUACCUCCCUUGGAAUCUCAGUAAUAUGAGUGAAGUAGCUUGAACAUCACUUCUAAAUUACGAAAAAGUCGAAGUGGAGACAAAGAGGAGUCAACACUUAAUAUUUUGCGGGUCAUUCAUAGUUGCAAGUCGUCUUCAAAUGGAUGGAGGCUUCUCCGGGCAGUUUCCGGAUUUAAUUUCCCCUUUGAAAACGUAAAAUCCAUCAAGUGAGAAUGUAGCAAUAUAAACUAGUCGUCUGUGUGCGUUCCAUCUGCGAAAACAAAACGAUAUAUAAUAUAAUUAAAAUCUUGGACAAAUAGCAUUAAGUCACAAGACACACUAGUAUUGUUUGUUUUGACGAUAAUUUAUGGAAUAUAAAAAAAAUCAAAAUAAUCUUUGCGCUUUCCAGUGAAAACGCAAAAGAUGCAGGUUAUGAAUUUAUAGGUGAGGAAAAUCUAAGCAGCUGGAUCCUGGGUGACUCUCUUUAUACUGAUUAAGAAAAUUAGCGUCUAACAACUUAGUUCCAGUGCUCUCUUUCAACAACAUGCAGGAAAAUGUGCUUCUGAGUGCAAACAGUGUUUUUUCCUUCCAAUAUUUAAAUAAGCAAGCGCUGUUUGUUUUAAACAUCAACAAUAGAACGUUUUUUAACAACCCCCUCUCACCUGCCCCAUGUGACUAAAAUAAAUGAACAAAUAUCACACUACAGUAGAUUCUCAUUAACCGUGCAUUUGAUAUCUAGGUCAGUCCCUUACGACGCUCAUGAUUGGCUGUUGAGAAGCCAAUCACAGAGCUGGAAACUUAUUCUCUCGAGAGAGUUCACUUGGGUAGAAUCUGUGUUCCAUCACUCCUGAGGGAUACGUCUUUCAAAAGUAUCCGUCAAGAGAUGUGGAACAUACACAUCCUGUCUGUGUGAACUCUCUCGAGAGACUGAGAGUUUCCAGCCCUGUGUUUGGCUUAUCAACAGCCAAUCAGGAGCGUCGUAAGGGACUGGCCUAGACAUCAAAUGCACGGGUGAUGUGAAUCUCCUAUAUUACGUCAACCCGUCACGUGAUCAGAGACGCACAGUAGCACGAAAUAAAGAGAUCUAUGCAUUAGGAACCAGCUCUUAGGUUUUCUCUACCAUCUAUCAUGUAUUUAAGUAUUGGGGGGAAAAUGCCUCGACAGCCAAAUUCUAACAUAUACCUAAACUUUCAAUUUUCGGAUACUGAAAAAUGGCUUUCUCUCUUCCGCUUAUAGCUUACAGGUAUAUUAAUACUUACAUAUGAAUAUUCUUUAUACGUGCAUAUGGUACAUGCUUUAUACGUGUACAUAGCAUAUACUUUAUACGUGUAUAUAGUAUAUGCUUUAUACGUGUAUAUAGUAAAUACAUAUGUGUACGAAUAUACCUACAUACGUAUACUACUAAAGAAUAUUUUAGAUCUAAGUUUUAUACUCAUCGAUGUUAUUCGUCUACUUCUUGUAUUAUUACUACGACUUCAACUUUCCACUUUUAAACACCUGUUAUUGUUGUUGAUUUGAUUCCCUACUUGGGAAUAACGUAUGUGGCAAUGAUCGCUGAACUUCUUUUUCUCACAUACGAGUUAGUUUAUAAAUUUUUUUUAUUGCAGUAAUAUACGCAGUUUAAUGUAUGAUUAAUCCGCACUGUACCUUCUCUCCCGGGAGAUCUAAAUGCUGUCAGGGGUCCUUUCCCCCGCCAUUCUCAGAGUCUGUCUGUCAGGUCAUUAUCGUAAACGGAAUGGACGUCGAAGUUGUCGAUUUCUUCGUGAUUCUGCGAGGCUUCGGUUCACUCAUCUAAAUUCAGAAUGAAGCACAUCUUGAAAAAUUACCAUUUCAAAGGUUUUCGUGUGAUCGGUAGCCUACUGCAUUCCCUCUGAACUCUCAGGAAAGGAAAUUAACAUGCUUGAAAGGUUGUAAUUUACACAGUAUACCCAGAAUAGAUGCAUUAGUUCUAAACGUCUCACGCAGAAUGAUUCCCUAGUUUAACGUAAGACGUCCCAUCACAUAAUUAUAAUUUACAAAAGGUAUACCACAGAAAUCUAGCCAUUACCACAAACUACAACUAAUUCCCACGAGUUUAACACAAAAACUUUCUACCAAAAUACAACCAGAUGACAGGAACUGUCAAGCUGACACAGGUCAAAGAAGUAGACAGCCCCGACGUCCAAGAAGGUUGAUGAUGUUUUUGGUGAUGUGGUAAGUUACAACCCGGGUCACAGCCACAGUGUCCACUUCCGGUUGUCUGGGUUACAUCGCCACAGUAUGUAGCACCGUAGGCCAUACGUCGUAGUACUCUAUUUGUGUGACUGUGUUGAUGUGAUGUAUCGGACUUUGUCAACAUUGGAACGACAUCCUUGACAUCUCUUAUCAGAAAUUAUCCAAACAUUUCUUGAUAGUUUGCUUUGUUGGUGGAAGUUUCUCAAAUUCAUCAGAAAAUUUCCUCUACAUCGUCUACUAAUUAAAUUAAAAAUAAAUAAAUAAAAAAAUGACUUACGAAGCUGCACAUAAUGGUAAAUACAAACUGAAACUUGUCCUUUCUUUUAAAAGUAGAAAACUGGGAAGCCUUUAAAGAAUGUAGAUAAAAUGAGGAAUUUUAUCACAUGCCACAUCAUUUCUUAAAGUCUAAAAUUACCGGUGCUGAAAAAAAACAGUAAACCAUUUCAAAAAUCUAAACAUUUUUAAAUCGCAAUCAAAAACAUGUUAUUUAGAUGUUGACAAACUCUGGUACCCAUCUUCCGCGUGGUUGUAGCUGUACAUCACUUUAGCUUUUAUGUAGUAAAAGCCCCCAAGGGCUAACUUCUUCGUGCAUUUGUAAAUGAAUGUCUAAGAAGUCCACAAUUGGAAAUAUUGUAUUUAUUUAUUUACUUAUUUAUUGACAUUAGUUACCUAAUGCGUUCUUGUUUGAUACUUAUGAUGUACAUAUUGUAAAUACAAAAUACAUAUGAUACUAUUAAAUAAAUCAAAUUAUGAUCUACCACAGCCUCUAUGUUAAUCUGAUAUAGCAGCAUAAUAAAAAAAAAUAAAGGAAAAGGGUGAUUCUUGGCAAUAACUCAUUAGCAAAAUAGCAGUUACAGAACUUGGAAACCAAGGUAGAUUUUUAUAUGAGAUUGUCA